ACCUCCUUAGUUAAUCCUGGCUGAAUAAAACCGAUUGCUUUUUAAAUAUCGAUUACACCGUUGUCAUGGCAACGCGAUCACAACAAAACAACUGUCAAUAACUCUACAAUAUUUAUGUUUGUCGGACAACGGUUUUGCGUUCCUAAAUAGCUCAUUUUACGGGCUUUAUUUUCUAUUAUUAACCCAGAAACAUGGCUGUGAAUUUGUGAGUUUAAUUUCAUUGUCUUGUGUUUAGUGUCACAGGGUACGAACGAUUAUAAAGAAAGGAAAGCCUAGAGUCGCUUUAUAGCAGCGGUUCCCGCCUAAGUUUGCUGCAGAAGCGUAAGAGAGUGAGUCCUUUAUCAAUGGACAUGUCGCGGUCUUCGAGUGGAAAGGGAGUGACCCAGCGGUUGCUGUCGGCAAAGACGCACAGGGUCAAAGCAUUGCAGAACCAACUGGCUGAUGCGCACUAUCACUUACAGGAACUCAGCAAUGAGAAUCGUAUACUGAAAGCUGUUCAAAAGAAACAUGAAAUAGCUCUACAGAGGUAUGAGAACUCAAACGCCGAGCUGCCUCAAGUACUGAACUCCCACAGUGAAGAGAUGCGCGUGCAGCAAGCCAGGUACAAGCAAUUGAAGCAGCAGUACAGAGAGGUGUCUCAGAGGCUGAAGGAGCGAGACUCACAGCUUCAGCAGCUGAGGGACGAGCACCAGCACCUGCUGGACUUGAGCAAGGACCGGAACCUUCUAGAACGGGAAAAACUCCAAGCCCAGCUAGCGGAUCUAGCGCUGAAGGUGCAGCAACAGAACGAGACUAUCAGCACGCUGCAGCGCCGUCUAGCGCUCGAGCAGAAGAACUUUCGACAUCAGCUGCAGAAUGAAAUCAAUAAACAUAAGGACACGAGGCAUGACUUGGACCUGGCGAUCACUAAUGCUGACAAGCUGUCCACGAUUAUUGAGAUGAAGGAGAAAAUGCUAAGUUCUGUUUCCGUCGCUCGCAAUGCCAGGUCCCCGGUGAAACCGCCGCCGCCGCCGCUCGGCACUAAUAGAGCUGUCAGCAAAACAACCCGCGCCGCGUACGACGAACGAGCCAGCGGUGAUCAACUAUCAAGAUUGUGCGAAAACUCCCGCAGCCUCAGCAGCGCCUUGUCUCAUGAUGAAGAGACUUCCUCCUCGGCCGAACCAAAGUCGCGGUACAUACGCUCUAGAACUAAUUCGAGCAGCACCAAUACCAAAUCCACUCCUAAUCAAACUAGGAAAAACUCCAAAGCAUCAGAUGACAUGCUGGAAAUGGCUAAAACCGUACAAGAAGGAAUGGCCGGAUUGUCGUUGUUUGAAGAAGAAAUUGAUUUCCACAACACUGCUCACGAAGAUGUCCAAAAGAAAAUAGAGAGCAUGAAAAUUGACUUUAUGAAUAAGAUAAAGAAUAAUGAAGAUCCUUUAUCCAGGAAAGCAAGUCUAAAAUCAGGCUCAGAAAAGGAUUCUAUGGAAGAGAAAAUUGAAACUAAUCAAGAUGAAGAAGAAAGACCUAAGUCUAGAGGACGACGAACCUCACGAGUUUCUUUAUUAAAUGAAACAAAAGUUGAGGAAACGGUUGCGUCACACUCAUCUAAUUACAAUAGAGGAAAUGAAAUGAAACUGAAAAGAGAAAACAGUAUCGUUGACAGGAGAAACAGUAAACCAAUCGACAAAUACUGUAAUAAUAUAAUGCAAGAUAUUGAGAAAAGCAGUCAAAUUAUAGACAGACAUGUGAAAGAAUUCAAUACAACGAAGUUUGAUGGAGAAAAAUUGGUGCAACAACUUCAUGCUGUAGACAAAAUCAAUGAGUACGUCACAGCAAAUGGCGACAUACCCGAUGAAGCUUUCGAAGAGUUGAACAAUAACUUUAAAAUGUUGACUGAUCAGGUGAUGUCGGAAACGCUGCCUAUUGCCAAGAAAAGAACGCUCUCUGGUCGUGGAACCAAAACUGAAGGCAGAGGUAAUUUGUUUGGUGAUUCUAGCAUGAGCAAUCAGGACCUGUUGGAUGAUCUUCUAGGAAAGAAAUGACACGCAACUAAUUUCUCGAAUGCAAUGUUGACUUCGUGAUUAUGUUGACAUUAUGUAUUUGUAUGUUAACAUUUGGGGAUUACUUAGGAGUAUUUGAGUAGAAGAUUUGUAGGCUAACAAUGUUUUCUAUUUCAUUUUAUUGAUAGUUGUGUACGUUAUGGCUAUAAGUUUCCGUCGGGACCAUUCGUCAUUAAAAUUUACUACCAAAGUAUUUACAAAACCACAUUUAUAAUUAAUGUGGUAACAUUUGAUUACUUUAUUAUACACGAGACAGCUAGCCAACGACCGCGACAGAUUGACCCUUGUCGUACUGAUUUCAUAUUCAGUUGUUUUAUGUUUCAACAGAUUGGGCUUCAUUAAUAAAUCCAGCUCAGCUACCUAGUGGCAUAACAUAGGGAUUGAUUGGAAUAGAGAAUUACCUAGAUUUAAAUGAAUUAAAUACCACUGUAGAAAUAAACAUACUUGACAAUAGAUCACUUUACUAUCUUAUACAGUUUUUGUAUGUUUUAAUUUGGAUUGAUAGACUAAAUUUAAUAUUGCUGCAUAGAUUUUGUAUGUACACAAAUUCAAUACAAUCAAUUUUGCAACGGUUAUUGUUUGGAGCGAAGUAAAUAUUGUAAAUAGCGAAAUCGACAUACCUGUCUGAAUGCGAAAAUAUUUUAUAGUUCACGAAACAGUUUUUGGAUAGAUGUCUUUGCAAAAGGCACAGGAAGAUAUUACCUAAUCAUGUGAAAAGCAUUUAAAAUGUGUAUAAAAUAUUUAUUUUUAAUAUUUUAACCAUCCAAGUUUUCAAUAGUAGUAGGUACUCGUACUACAACAUUGUUCCUUUUUUAUAAAUCUAUGGUACAUAAUGUUAUACAUUGUUGAGUUAGAUUUCAUUCGAAUAACAUUUGCUAAUUGAAUUAAUGUGUACGUUGUAUUUUAGUUGAAAGGAACUUUUAUGUGCCUAUGACAAUGUUUGAGAUUGGAAUUGAAUUAUAUUUUUUAAAUAAUAA